CACACUGUCACAUACACACCACUACAGGCACACACGAAAGCAUAUGCAUAGGGAAAAGAAGCAAGAAGCAAAGCAGAAGCGAAUAAGAACUGCGUAUAUGUGAAAUAAACAGCAGCAACCGACGCAGACACAGUGGUGUGGUUUUUUCGGAAUAGAUCUCAGGCCCAGCGGAGACGCAUGAUAUUACGCACUAUCAGAAAAGUCAAUUAAAAACGGGGAUUAAGUAAUCAACAAUUCGAACGAGAGAAGAGCCAGCGGAGCCGACUCGAAAAGUGACAAAAACAGCUGUGGCGGUGGAAAGGGGACUAGAAAAGUAUCCAUAAAGUGCGAAAGGUCAGCAGUAGCUGUAGCAGCAGCAGACGGCCGCAAAGGAACAUAGAAUAAAAUUCUUUGUUGUGACUGUGUGCGUGUUUGUGUGUGUUGCGGUUCUUGUGCUUUUGCUUGUGUGUCUAGCUGUCACUUUCUGGCGCGCGCAAAAGAUAUACACAAAUUGAAAACGGUGGCCACCCUCCAAACACACCCCUCUGCUCCAGCACCUUGAUGUACGCGCCCGGUUCCGGUGGCGCCGCUUGGUUGUCGUCGUCGCUGUCGUGGUUCUCGUCCCUGUUUUCCCACCAACGCAUCGCAACGCAAUUGCAAUUGCAUUCAAAAGUGGAAGUGUGCUGAUACUUGUCUUAAUUGCCCGUUCCAACUCUUGAAUUGCCAUCGGCUGGCCAGCGGAGCAGCGGAAGCAGAGUUGGAGAGUAGCAGCUCAGGUGCCGGUGCCGUUUGCAAAAACGCUUGUACAGAAACGCUGACAACGCUCCACGCCUCACCAAACACUCGUGGGGAGAGGGAAAGCAAAGGAAUUUUUUUAAUUUGCACAAAUUGCAUUCAGAGGAAAUUCCCCCCCACGGCAACACACAGAGAGAGAGAGAGCGAUUGCUGCUUCCACUCGAUCUGCGCAGAGCUUCAGCGAAGAGCCGUUAGGCACCAGCAGCAGAGAGGAGCCAGAAUCAGCCCCAGCCCCCACCCCUUGUGCCAUUGUGUGCGCGUGAGGCUCUGGUGUCCACCGACCGUGAGAUGUUGCCAUUCACCCCGCAAGUGGUCAAACGUUUGUUAGCACUCAAAAAGGGCAACGAGGACAACACCGUCGAGGGCAAGUGGUCGGAGAAGGCCGUCAAGAAUCUGGUGAAGAAGAUUAAGAAGAACUCGCAGCUGGAGGAGCUAGAGCGUGCCAUUUCCACACAGAACUGCCAGACGCGCUGCGUGACAGUGCCGCGCAGUAAGCCCGUCCCCCCCGGCGAGCAUCUGCGGAAGGGUCUGCCGCACGUUAUCUACUGCCGCCUAUGGCGCUGGCCGGAUCUGCAGUCACAGAAUGAACUAAAGCCUCUGGAUCACUGCGAGUACGCCUUCCACUUGCGCAAGGACGAAAUCUGCAUCAAUCCGUACCACUACAAGAAGAUCGAGCUGUCCAUAUUGGUGCCCAAGUCGCUGCCCACGCCGCCUGAUUCCAUAGUGGACUAUCCGUUGGACAACCACACGCAUCAGAUACCAAAUAAUACCGAUUAUAAUGCUGCGAUAAUACGCAGCGCCUCGUUGAGUCCGCCGCAGUAUAUGGAACUGGGCGGUGGUAGCGGUCCGGUCACCUCCUCCUCAGCAUCAGCCUCCGCUUCCGUGUCCGUUUCGGCCACCUCCUCAUCGUCAUCCUCGUCGUACCAGCAGCCACUAUCGUUUGGACAGAACAUGGACUCGCAGUCGAGCGUGCUCAGUGUGGGCAGCAGCAUUCCCAACACGGGCACCCCGCCACCCGGCUACAUGAGCGAGGAUGGGGACCCCAUCGAUCCCAAUGACAACAUGAACAUGUCGCGCCUGACGCCGCCCGCCGAUGCCGCCCCAGUGAUGUACCACGAGCCAGCCUUCUGGUGCUCCAUCUCCUACUAUGAGCUGAACACGAGGGUCGGCGAGACCUUUCAUGCCUCCCAGCCCUCUAUUACGGUGGACGGCUUCACAGAUCCCUCCAACUCGGAGCGCUUCUGUCUCGGUCUGCUUUCCAAUGUGAAUCGCAACGAUGUCGUCGAACAGACACGCCGUCACAUCGGCAAGGGCGUUCGACUCUACUACAUAGGCGGCGAGGUCUUUGCCGAAUGCCUCAGCGACUCGUCCAUUUUCGUGCAGAGUCCGAACUGCAAUCAGCGUUACGGCUGGCAUCCGGCAACCGUUUGCAAAAUCCCGCCCGGCUGCAAUCUGAAGAUCUUCAACAAUCAGGAGUUUGCCGCCCUUCUCUCCCAGUCCGUGUCGCAGGGAUUCGAGGCCGUCUACCAGCUGACACGCAUGUGCACCAUUCGAAUGUCUUUUGUGAAGGGCUGGGGGGCCGAGUAUCGUCGUCAGACUGUCACCUCAACACCCUGCUGGAUUGAGUUGCAUCUGAAUGGCCCACUCCAGUGGCUGGAUCGCGUUCUCACCCAAAUGGGAUCGCCGCGACUUCCCUGCAGCUCCAUGUCGUAGGCAGCCCAGGAUCGAAGGAGACCUAACGUAACACACAAAUGUAGGGCAGGGCGGCCCUGUUCCUAAUCCCAGAAUCUGCCUUGCCUUGCAUUUGCAUACUUUUGAGCAUGGCAGAAAAUGGGAUUCGGGAAUCGGGAAUUCGAAAUCGGAAAUCAAAAAUUAAUGAAAAGAGAGCCAAAAGUAGAUGCAACCAUAGACGCAUAGAUGUAUAUCCCCAUACACAAAGAGAACAACAACUCACACAUACUACAUAUAACAGAGAUGCAUACAGAUGUAUAUCUUUGGAAACGUCUACACAUACAUACGUAUACAUAUAUGAGAGGACAUGUUUUGGUCUAUAUUGUGUAGGUGGAAACGCAAGAGAGAGAAGGAGAGGUGCACGUUUUUUUCGAUAAGAUAAUCCAGACAGCUUUUGGAUGGGACAUUUUUUUUUUUAUACAUAUAUUUUACGAUAGACAAACAAAAAAAAGCAGGAUCAAAGAGUAUGGAAAACCCCAUGCAAGUGUGUAUGGGGAGGUUAGCGCUGGAAGCGACAGUCGAAAUUCUUUGUGAAAGAAACAAAACAACAAAAAUACAGAUAAAUGGGUGAUUUGGAAUAUAUAUUUGCUAUAGGAAAGAGACAGUGAAAGAGAAAGUGGAACCAAAAUAAACCAAAAAAGAAACUGGGAUUUAUCAAGCUGGAAGCUUACACACAAAAAUAGAACCACAAAAUAGAACGGAAAACCGCCCUCACACGCUACAUAUUGUACAUAAGAAGUGAACACCAGAAGAAGCAGGGAAGCAGGAAGAAAUUUAUAUAUGUAUA